AUGUCUCUCUCUCUCUCUCUCUCUCUCUCUCUCUAUCUAUCUAUCUAUCUAUCUAUCUAUCUAUCUAUCUCCUUUGUCAUUCUCUAUCUGUCCAUCCGUCUAUUUCUGUUUCUCUCUAUCUCUCUUGCCACUAAUAUCUAUAUUUGCAGAAGAGGAGUCAUUAUUUCUUUCUCCUUCUGCUCACCUUAUCUCUGUAUAUCUCGCGUUUUUCUAUACUUCUUUGAUCUCUCUACUUUUCUCUUCUUUUCACUCGCUCUCCUUUUUUCGCACUUUGAUCCACUACCAAAACGUCUCCUUCCUCUCAGCCUUCUAUCUCUUUCUUCUCUUUCUGUAUCACGUGCCUUUCUUUCAUUUGACCUCUUUCCCUUACAUCUUUUUCUUCUCUCCUUGCUUCUCCAACUCUCUCUCUCUCUCUCUCUCUCUCUCUCUCUCUCUUUUCUUUCUCUUUUACUCCCUAUCCCAAAUCCUAUCUUUCCUUCUUUCUUACGAUUGGUUUCUAUCCUCUCUUUCUUUCUUUCUUUCUUUCUUUCUUUCUUUCUUUCUUUCUUUCCCCUCUCUUUCUUUAUAGUUCAAGCGAUAGAUUUGUAUCUGGAAAUUCUUCGUUUUCAUCUAUCCCACUCUCCUCCUCCUUCUCCGCCUCUCUCUCUCCCUCUUUCUCUGUCUUUCUCUUUCUUCUACUCUUAUUCGUUUAUCUCUGUUUUAUUUAUACAAAACUGUUCCUAUACUGCUACAUCUUUUUAUGUGUAUCAUGUAAUAUCCACUCACUCUCUCUCUCUCUCUCUCUCUCUCUCUCUCUCUCUCUCUCUUUAUCUCUCUAAAGUAUUCUUUCUUCUCUCUCUACCUCAGCCUUUCUUCUUUUUCCUCUUCCUCCUCCCUCCGCCAUUGAAUAAUCUAAAAUCUUAUUUUUUACACUUUCUUUCUUUCUUUCUUUCUUUCUUUCUUUCUUUCUUUCUUUCUUUCUACUGUACGUUUAUUCUUUUUCUUUCACGAUUUAAAAUGUCCAUUACUUUCUUUUCUAUUAUAUAA